AUGGGUCGGCUACCAACGCACGUCUGGUUAAUCGCGCUGCUGAGUAUUUACUCUCUGAUCAUGACAGUCUUCGUCAUGGUCGUCGCAGAGGCGUGCAAAGUCAACCUUUCCCCGUCGCUCGGGGGCGAUCCGAACGGCUUCGUCCCAAGCGGGGUGGGAGAGCCGCUUCGCUGGAGGACGUUUGUACGCAACGACAGCAACCCUUACUACAUUCCCGACGACGUGUUCGAGGACAAGGCCAAGACAAGAAAAGUUGUUAAUAGUCUUGUGACAAUUCACUCGUCGAUAGUGCGCAUCAACGGCCGUCACGGCCGCUGGGUCCAUGACAACGGCCGCGUAUCCACCUUGCCGGCAAUCUACACCCCGCCCAGCAUGGGCGAGGAGCAAGUCUACGUGUUGCGGGGUUUAUAUCAGAUGCGCUGCAUAAUUGUGUUACUAGAAGCCUACGGGCACAGCAUCCAAAAGCGACCUCAUCACGGAGAGGACGACGACGGUCAAGACGUCUGGCACUGGCCCCCCGAGCACGUGGCGUACUGCCUCAACGUUCUGGCGGACGGGGUACAGUGCAUGGCCGACGCAACCCCGCUUUCUUUCGUCAAUGGCUUCGGCUCCGGCCAUCUGACGGACGGACAACAGGCAUGGUGCCGGGACUGGGAGGGUCUGAGCGGGUGGGCGGCGAGAGAGGAGCGCCGCGUGGCCACGGCCCAGGGAGGUGCUGCGCUCAAAGGGCCCUUUGGUCGGCUUUGGCGGACAAUAUUGCCCUGA